AUGACUAUCCACACAUUUCUCGCUGCUGUGACAGCGGUCGCCGCUGUGCAAGGUGCAACACACGCACCUUCCAAUGGAGCAAGUCAAAGCUAUAAAUCCUGCGAUGAUGAGCGCGCAGUAUGUGAAGGCGUGUCCAGCUUGUUGUCACUGAACUGGGGGGGAAUCUUCGGAAGGCCUAAUCGUCCUGUUACCUCAGCGCCUACCUCCGCGCCUACCUCCGCGCCUACCUCUGCUCCCACCUCUGCUCCCACCUCUGCUCCUUCCACACAAUCAAUACACUUGACGACCAGCUUCCAGGACAUUGCAGAGCAGAUGUCCAAGGCCGAGUGGGGUAGCAUGCAAUGGGGUCCGCCGGAUGCGCACGGCAAGCGCGCGAAUUUCGCACUGGGUGGUGCCAUGAUCAACGGCCUGCUGUACAUGGCGGCUUUUAUCCAGGGGUCGGUCGAGGGUCAGGAGGACAACUUGGUCGACUUCGAAAAGGGCAUCGGCACCUGCCUCGGCCAGGCAGCCAUGGAAAUACCUGAUGUCGGACCUUUUCUGAGCAUUGCGAUCACCUUCGGUCUGUCCCUCUUUGGAGGUUCCUCCGACGCCAUGCAGGCCGCUUUUGACAAGCUCUACGAGACGAUCAUGAAGAAUGUUCGGACGCUCAUCACAAUGCAGGCCGUGAAAGAGGCCAUGCAAACCACUGAAGACAGACUGGGCAAUCUCAUGAAGUUGCUCUACAACAUACCCAUCGACAUCGGACAGAUUGCUGGCCUCACAGCACCAGAAGAAGAUAAGAAGAACCAGUAUUGGCAUGCCUUGAAUCUCAAGCUUCAGUUCUUCGAGGGCUCGAAUGCCCAGAUCUUUGGAGCUCAGGUGGGCUGUGUCGGGUCCGACGGCACAACACCCGUGCAGCCCAGUGAUCAGAUUCAGACUACGGAUAUUUCGGAGCUCACCGAGUGCCAACAGUACUGGGCGCAUGGCGCUUUCCUGGCUCAGUUCCAUUUUGUUAUGAUGCAUCUCCACCUCAGGGCCCAAAUGGCCUUUCUAGCUUCGGAUGCGGCGGCGAAAAGCCAACAGCUGCAACGGCUACGUGAAGUAGCCGGAGAGUAUGUUCCAUUAUUAAAGGAUUCCUACAAUGGCUUGCUCAUCUGGACAGAAGGGGAUGUUCCCCAAUGUCAUUGGGAGUACCCUGCAAACUGGUCAUCUAUAUGUGAUGGAUUCAGUCCGGAAACAGGCAACUUCUGCCAAGGGCCGUUUGAGGGCUAUUUUCCGGCUGCGACGUUUCAAGCUGAUCCAGAUGUAAGCUGCCUCACAGGUUGCAAGAGCUUCAUGGAAUCUGAGCACCCUUAUAACAACCCCGGCAACUUCUGUACGGUAGAACAGCUAGGGCCGGGCGCUCCGACGUUGGGCCCCUGGAGCCUCUGCAGCGAAGAAGAUAUAGGGAUGGCCGCGGGCAUCAAGACCGCAGAUCUCAAAGCCAUGUUCCACCCAAUCCUUGAGAAGUUGGAGGAGUUCGCAGAGAACAAGCUUGGAUACAGUUCGUCCGAACUUCUGAGUUGGAUCCAGAACCAUGCGCAGGCACCAGCGUCCACGCCAGUCGGUGAGGCCGGAAACUUCUGCGAGAGGUUCUGUUUUUCGAUCCAUGACUCGAUGACGGAGACGAAGGGCAAGAGUUUGGAUCAGGCAAGUGCUUUGUGGGACAAGCUUCAUUGCUCAGAAACCUGCUUGCUAGCAAGUGCGCCGGUCGACACGAGGUGCAGCUGCAGAAUGGACGCAUGCCCAGUCAUUCUGAGUGAUUUUAGCAGAUCCUUGAACGAAUCCUUCGAUGCCGGGGACUGGUGGCAGGAGCUCAUGGAAACGGUCGAGGGGCCGUGGUGGGCUGCAGCGUGCAACCAGUCUUGCAAUGUCUUCCCGCUGCAGACGGCUCAGUCGUCCUGA